AUGGCAGCCGUCGAUGCUGAGAAAAUGACUGCACUUAAACAACUUAAGUCGGCGGCAGAGCGGAAAGCCAAAUUUCAAGAGGAGAUUUUUCGAUUGACUGAUGACUUGGCAUCCUUGAAGGCCGAACUCAAAUCGGCUCACGGGGCUAUUUUGGCUCUUGUGUCACAGAGCCCUUGUAAAACCCUCGUAGGUCUCUGUCCGAGAACAAAGAACACGACUUCCAUCGUGCAGAUGCCGCCGCCGCUCCCAUCGCCCUUCCGCCGCCGCAUCGGAUGGCCGCCGGAUCCCCAGCAGAGUCGCACCUUCGUGGAUGCCCGGGUGAAGUGGGUCCGCGACCGCGGCCUCGACCACGCCGUCGAGAAGGAGAAGCACCUCCAGCCCUUCCACGCCCUCAAAGACCUCCUCCUCUCCUCCUCCUCCUCCCGCUCCCUCCCCCUAGACAUCAUCGCUGCCCACCGCGACGAUCUCCGCCUCCCCUUCCGCGCCAUCCGCUUCAUCCGCCUCUUCCCCUCCGCCUUCCUCGAAGAGUUCCCUCAACAGUCCUCCGCCGCUGCCCCUCCCCGGCCAGUCAUCCGCCCCACGCCGGAGCUCCUCCGCCUCCACGACGACGAGCAGCGCGCCCUCGCCGCUUGCCGCGCCGAAACCGCCGACCGCCUCCUCCGCCUUCUGAUGCUCGCCCCCGCCCGCCGUCUCCCCCUCCGCGUCGUCGACCGCCUCCGCUGGGAUCUUGGCCUCCCCCGCGACUACCCGCGUACCCUCCUCCCUGACUAUCCCGACUACUUCCAGAUCGUCCCCUCCUCCACCGCCGCCGGCGGCGGCUCUGGCGUCCUCGACCUGGAGCUCGUAUGCUACAGAAAGGACCUCGCCGUAUCGGCCAUGGAGCAGUACGCGAUGAGGAUCGGUGGGUACAAGAAGGGCAUGCCGCUCGCCUUCCCGCUCGAGUUUUCCAGGGGCUUCGAGCUGGAGAAGAAGGUGAGGAAGUGGCUGGACGAGUGGCAAAAGCUCCCUUAUAUCUCGCCCUACGAGGACGGGGCUCACCUUGCGCCAAAGAGCGAUCUUGCAGAGAAGUGGACCGUGGGAGUGCUCCAUGAGCUUCUCCACUUGCUUGUUCCAAAGAAGACUGAGAAAGAUAACUUGAUUCUGCUCGGAGAACAUCUCGGGCUGCCACUGGGAUUCAGGAAGGUGAUCACGCAUCACCCGGGCAUUUUCUAUGUAUCAAAUAAGCUCAGGACGCAGACUGUUGUCCUCCGGGAGGCGUAUAGGAGGGAUUUGUUGGUCGAGAAGCACCCGCUGAUGGGAUUGAGGUUUCAGUACAUUCAUCUCAUGCAUAAGGGCAAGGAGACUGGUAGCAAGCACAAGGACAGGAAAAGAAAAAGGAAUGCUUCUUGGAUUAUAGAUGAUUGUAAAAUUAAAGAUGAAGAGGAAGAGGGAGAGGAAGAAGAUGAAGAAUAUGACGAUGAUGAGGAAGAGGAGGAUGACGAGGAUGAGUUAUCAGCGGCUUCUGAUGUUGAUACGGAAGAAGAGGAAAGUGAUGAUCAAGAUGAGCAUAGUAUUCGCUCUGCUGGGCGAGAGAAUAAUUUUCCUCGAGGAGGAGCAUCUCGGACUGUUAGGAGUAGAAAAACUAUGAGAUCUUCUGUUUGAGCUAGUUUUGCAGCACCUUCAAUUUUGUUUAGGAGAACAGAGAGCCUGUAUUUGGCAUGAGAUUGCGUCAACUCGUAAAUUAUUCAGAAGUUAUCUUUGAAGAGAGAGGAUUUAUACAUUGUCUCACUUUGAGUUCUAGGCUUCUCUGAAACAGAGAAGAAUGGCUACUCGCUUGACAGGUAUCAUAUUUAUUUGAUAGUGUAUUAUUCCAUGUCAUCUAGCAGGCAAGACACUGUCAAAUUGAUAUCACUAUUCAUUUGUUGCAUCAAUAUGCAACAUCUCAUGCGAUGCUUCAUUGACAUAAAGUCUUUGUAUUUAUGUCCUCAUGUCUUGCCAUCCUGGAAAGUCUCAGUGGCUGUUCUCAUUGGAAAAGCUGUUUCUUGAUAUCAAGUUUUUAGUUCCUUAA